AUCUCGACCGCCAAAUCGAAUCCUCUUGAUGGUGGUUUUGGGAGAACUGCCAUGGCUUGCUGAGAUCGCGAAUCUCUGAUCUUCUGGGACGAGCUUCCAUGAGCUUCAGCUGCUACCAUGGAUAGCCUUGAUGGGAUUCCCAUUCCCCGCGAUGGGGGAGAAGAUCGAAGUGUCGGUCAUCUCGAUGGCGGUCGUUCUUCCAGAGCUUCUCAAGCUGGUAGCAGCUCUCCAGACUCUCCGACUGACUUCAAUUUCCCCUAUGCAGACACCUCCUUCACCUCCGGCUCGAGCAGCAAGCUGCCGGGGGAACAGCCCGAGUCAGCCUUGCGAAGCCUUCUCGACUUAGAAGAUGAUCUAAAAUCCCCCCGCGCGGCCUCGCCAUUCCCCCCACUGCCCUACAGUGCUCCGUCCGUCCCCGCGGCACCUAUGAGCGAGGAGGUUGAUGAAAUAGAAGAUGAAGAGCCUCAGGUUGCAACCUCCUUCGAGCGGGACUCGACACCUACCUCCGCGCAAAAGCAGCGAUCUGCGUUCUUCGACACAGGCGGCGAAGAGGGGAUCAACCGCAUGCACAAGUUCUCGCUGUACGAGACAGCUACACGAUUCUACAUGGUUGGCAUGGACUUGUCGGAUACACGGUUCCGGAUUUUGAAAAUAGAUCGGACUUCGGAGUCGGGCGAGCUGAUCAUCUCUGAGGAUGACAUCGUGUACAGCAAGCGAGAGAUGAGCCAGCUGCUGGAUACAAUUGAUGAUGGGAACAAAAGCUCGGGUGGAUUGAAGCUCAAAUGCAGUGCCUGGGCUCUGCUUGGGUUCAUUCGGUUCACGGACGCCUAUUACAUGCUCCUGGUCACAAAGAGAAGCCAGGUUGCUAUGCUCGGCGGCCACUAUGUCUACCAGAUCGAUGGAACUGAGUUGAUCUCUUUGACAACCUCCAGCUCAUCGCGCCUGCGGCCGGAGAAGAAUCCCGAGGAGGCAAGAUAUAUCGCGAUACUGAAUAAUCUGGACUUGACUAGGUCGUUCUACUUCAGUUAUUCCUACGACAUAACCCACACCUUGCAGCGCAAUAUUUGUCGUGAGCGCAAAGCUCAGCACGAUGGCCAGCCCAAACCCUUCCAACAGGACUAUAAUCCGAUGUUUAUCUGGAACCACCAUCUUCUUACACCGGCUCUCACAAAGCUGCGCAACCCUUGGGAAUGGUGUCUCCCGAUCAUUCAUGGCUAUGUGGAGCAAGCCAAACUGUCUAUCUACGGGCGGAUCGUGUACAUAACAAUCAUUGCUCGACGCUCUCGCUUCUUUGCUGGAGCUCGUUUUCUGAAGAGAGGGGCUAACGAUCUGGGUUAUGUCGCCAAUGACGUCGAGACCGAGCAGAUUGUUUCUGACAUGUCGGCCACAUCGUUCCAUGCGCCGGGUCCGCUGCUUUACUCUAACCCGCUCUACACCUCAUACGUCCAGCACCGUGGCAGUAUCCCUCUCUAUUGGACGCAGGAGAACUCCGGUGUUUCUCCAAAGCCAGACAUUGAGCUGAACCUUGUAGAUCCGUUUUACUCCGCUGCUGCUUUGCAUUUCGACAACUUGUUCGAGAGAUACGGUGCUCCGGUUUAUGCACUGAACCUGAUCAAAGCUCGGGAACGGACUCCGCGAGAAUCGAAGCUCCUCAAAGAGUACACCAAUGCUAUUCAAUACUUGAAUCAAUUCCUCCCUGAAGACAAGAAAAUAAUAUAUCAGCCUUGGGACAUGAGUCGUGCUGCGAAAAGUCGCGACCAAGAUGUCAUUGGGACUCUAGAGGAUAUUGCUGGGGACAUCAUCCCGAAGACCGGGUUCUUCCAGAAUGGUGUCGAUGCAGAAUCUGGACUUCAACUGCAGAAUGGAAUAGCGAGGACUAACUGCAUCGACUGUCUUGACCGUACAAAUGCUGCUCAGUUCGUGAUUGGAAAACGCGCACUCGGCCAUCAGCUCCACGCUCUGGGAAUUAUUGAUGGGACCACAGUGGAAUACGAUUCAGACGCCGUCAAUCUAUUCACCGAUAUGUGGCAUGACCAUGGUGACACGAUCGCCAUUCAGUACGGAGGGUCUCAUCUAGUCAACACUAUGGCUACAUACCGCAAGAUUAACCAGUGGAGUAGCCACUCGCGAGACAUGGUGGAAAGUUUUAAGCGUUACUACAAUAAUUCUUUCCUCGAUGCCCAACGUCAAGAGGCAUACAACUUGUUCCUCGGGAACUACAUCUUCUCUCAGGGACAGCCAAUGCUGUGGGACCUCUCGACUGACUACUAUUUGCAUCAUGCCGAUCCACGAUCAUGGUCAAACAAAAAACGUCCUCAUUAUAUCAAUUGGUACAAUCCGGCCAAUUUGAAGAAAUUUGAACUGCCGCCUGCUCCCAAGCCACUUAAAGACCCGCUGUCGCGCUAUGACGACUACUGGCUCGAGUAUUACCGGCCAUUGGCAGUGUCAUCAUUCUCGAAGGUUUUCUCCUACAAAAUGAAUUCAACCCUCCGGUACCUCCCUUUCCGUCCUGGAUCCGGUGCUCCAUACGACAUCAGCCCUUUUGUGCCCAGAAUUCCGCACGAACAAGUCAAUCGAGAACGUCAAGCCACCCGAACUGUGAAGAUUCAGGAACCUGACAAGGCAGCGAUUGGCCGUUCCAAUUCCACAACCUCACAAUCCAAUCAGCGUUGGUUGAACCAGCCGCUUUCCGCCGACAAACAGCUUCCAGCUGCGGGGAUCAUGAAGCAUUCUACGUACACCUCCUUCGGAACACCCUCUCAAGCCAGCACGACCCUUCAGUCGUCUCUGGAUGCCGGUACCACGCCCAGCAAAGCGCAGAUCGCCCAAUGGACCCUGGGCCAACUCGUCCAUGACUCGCUCAACCCCACCGUCACUGCCGCGGAAGCCGAAGAAUACGAACGCUACAUCAACCACCCGCUGAAAGUGCCCCUCGUCGUCACCUCCGAGAACGAACUGACCGCAACCUCCAUCCGCGAGAACGCAGCCAACCUGGACUACAUCGAGUACGCAAACAAGUGCAACGUCGAAGAAGCCACACUGGAAGCGAACGCGCUCGAGAACCUGGCCGAUUACGUCGAGUACCUCAACGUGCCUGAGACUGGGCUGACAGUCGUCGCGGAGGACUAUGAUAAGAAGCGAUACAAGCGCUACCGGCAAUGGCUGCGGGGCAAGAGUCUUUUCAAGCAACGCGUUGACAUUUGAAAAGACAGAAAAAAGUUUCACAUGCCGGGCAUGAGUCAAUUCGUGUUUUUUUGUCGUUUGAUUGAUUUUCGUCGCACUGCUACUUUAUGUUCACGAAAUGCCUGUCAUGACAUGAUACCCCUUUGCGCGUGUGCCCCACUCUCGUUCCUUGUCUGCCACAUGUUGUCACUUGUUACUACUACUUGGGUUUUGUUUCUGCCUGGCGGGCUUAUUAGAACUCGGGUGGCGUUACAUUAUUGUGCUAUUUCGAGAUACUUCGUUCCUAGAUUCAAUUGAUAUGGAGU